AUGGCAACCGUGCAAGAAGGGCCAUCUACCCUGCCAGAAGACAUUCAGGCCCGGCUCGCACGCGAUGCGGCUUCCUUUGACGCCCUCUUGUCUCUGAUCCCGGCCAACCUUUACUUUGCCAAAGACAAUAGCGACCAAUGGAAAGCGAAGAAGCAAACGCCCGAACAGAGGAGGGCGGCAAGAAUUGCCAAACUCAACCCGGACAACCACAAAUCAGCCAAGGAAGUCUUGUUUGAAAGAAGCACUGAAGGAAUAGCCGCUGCAGAGGCCGCAAAGAAACGCAAGCGUAAAGAAGGGGAGAUGGAGAGGGAAAAGAACAAGGACUUUCGUAAUGAUGAUGAUAGCCUGGUGAAUCUGGAUCUGUCGGGCGAACCCGAGGUUCAACCACCGAAGUCGAAAAAGCAAAAGAUGUCAAGCACAACCAAAGUAAUUGGAGGAGAAGGAGCAGAGUCAAAAGAGUCAGUAGAGGACAGAAGACGCAGGAAAGCAGAGAAAAGGGCCGCAAAGCGAGCACGAAAAAACGAGUCGAAGGCCAAGCAAAAGGAGAAAAUGAAGGAACUCAAGGCCAAAAAAAAGUCGGAACAAGUAAAAGGCAACACGGCGGGUGCAAAUGACCGUAACGCCAAACAAGCCAGCACUCUCGAGGUAUCCUCGCGACUAUCACAGCACGAAGAAGUAGACGAAGAAGAAGACUCCGACCAAUCCUCGACAACCUCUUCAGAAGACGAACAAUCCGAAGUAUUUUCACCUCCACAUGAAUCCGGCACAUCCUCGACCUCAUCCAUCCUCCAACCAUCUGCCCUCGAAGACACUCUACAGCCAUCCAAUAAGCCAAAUGACACCGACACCGACCCCCUCACCGACGCCCCCGCCGCCACCACCACUACCACGACCAUAACAACCUCGACACCCGCCACGCACCAAUCAUCCCAAACACCCCGCGAAAGACUCCAAGCCGCGAUCCAGCAACGUCGAGCGGAACGCAGAGCCGACGGCCCCGACGGACGCGCCCCCAAGAACCGACAGGAGCUUCUGGAACAGCGGCGACGCAAAGAGGAACAACGCAAAGCGGCCAAGAAGGAACAGAAACGGCGCGAGAAGGAAGAAGAAGCGCGACGCCAGGACGAAGAAAUCGCGCGGCGCUUCUCUCCCGGCGGCUCAGGCUCGCUCCUCGCGUCCCCUCGGUCCCCGCUGUCGUCCGCCGGCGGCGGCGGCGACAACCUCAACUUCAGUUUCGGCCGCAUCGCCUUCUCCGACGGCACGCAGUUUGACCCGACCGCGGCCGACGUGGUCGGGGAGCACAAGCGCAAAGGCCCACGCGACACGGCGGCGCAGCUCAAGAUCGCGCUGGCCAAGAAGACCAAGCUCUCGGGCCUCGACGAGGAGAAGCGGCGCGACAUCGAGCAGAAGGACAUGUGGCUGAAGGCCAAGAAGCGCGCGCACGGCGAACACGUCCGGGACGACACGAGCCUGCUCAAGAAGGCGCUCAAGAGGCAGCAGGGCCAGAAGAAGAAGAGCGAGCGCGAGUGGACCGACCGGAUCCAGGGCGUCCAGAAGGCCCAGGAGGCGAGACAGAAGAAACGGACCGAGAACCUGGCGAGGAGGAAGGAAGAAAAGCGCUCGUCGUCCUCCAGGACCGGUGGUGGUGGUGGUGGUGUCGGGAAGAAGGUCAAGAGACCCGGGUUCGAAGGUAGUUUCAAGGGUAGGACCGGUGGAAGGAAGAAGUAA